UUGAGUUGGUUGGUUCAGUUUGCAACACGUUAUGGCUCAGCGACUGAUUGACCUCCUGAGUACUAUCAUUUUUUUGUCCUUAAAACCAUAAUCAGUAUCUACAGUAUUGGGGGCUUUUCCAUCAAUAAAUCUCCUUUGAGUCAAAACUGCAUCCGUUACAUUCUUCCGUGACCCUCUCUCUCUCUCUGUAAAUGUCUCUUUUUUAAUAGUUUAUAUUAGAUAAUACCCUUUUUCAUUUUUCAAUUUUAAUUUAUUCUUAGCUUUCACGAGAUGCUUGAAGUCAGUGCGUCAUUCUUCGUAUUCUUGCUUUGCUUGUAACUUGUUCUCUGUUUGUAUAUAUAGAUAUAUAGAGCUUUAGACUUUGAGACUUCACAUGUGCUUAAGCUUUGAACUUUUCAAACCUUCUUUUGUUGUCUUUUGUUGAGGUUGAACUGUGUGCUUUUGUGGUUUUGUUGAACUUUGUUUCUAUCAAAUUGAGAUUUUGUCUUCUGGGUAUUGUUCAAAGUUGAAUCUUGGUGUUCUGUUCUUUGUUCAGUUUUAAAUUUUGUUUCAAGGGACAUUGCUUUCUGGGGUUUCUGUAAUACUUAAUAUUUUGAUUGUUUUGUGUUGAAUUUGAGCUCUAGACGCUUGAUUUGAGUUCUUUUGAUUUUGGAUUACUUGAACUUUCUCAAAUUCUGGGAACUUCAUGUUAAUGAAUAUACUGGUUCUGUUUUCUUCAUAAACUUAAACUGUUGAUUUAGUGUUUAUUACUUAGUUUAAUUAAAUUUUGGAGAUUUUUAAUCUGAAUUUUUCAUAAAAAUGAAGGUUAUUGUGUGCUUUACAGUUUGGAUUUUGUUUCUCUUAUUUGGUUUGACUCUGGGUAAGGAGUGUACAAACACUCCUCCACAGCUUUCAUCUCACACCCUUAGAUAUGAGCUGUUGUCAUCCAAAAAUGAAUCAUGGAAAGAAGAGAUGUUCUCUCAUUACCAUUUGACGCCAACCGAUGACUCCACUUGGUCUAAUUUGUUACCAAGAAAGAUGUUGAGUGAGGAAAAUGAAUUUAGUUGGGCCAUGAUGUAUAAAACAAUGAAAAAUCCAGGUGAAUUUAAAAUGUCUGGUGGUUUUCUCAAGGAAGUGUCACUACACGACGUUAGGUUGGAUCCAAGUUCAUUGCACUGGCAGGCACAGCAAACAAAUUUGGAGUAUCUGUUGAUGUUGGACGUGGAUAGUUUGGUUUGGAGUUUUCGAAAAACUGCUGGUUUGCCAACGCCAGGAAAGGCAUAUGGAGGUUGGGAAGCCCCAACUUGCGAGCUCCGUGGUCAUUUUGUAGGGCAUUACUUGAGUGCAUCAGCAAAAAUGUGGGCAAGCACUCACAAUGAUAGCCUUAAAGAGAAAAUGGCCGCUGUGGUGUCUGCUCUAUCUGCUUGUCAGAAGAAACUGGGCACUGGAUAUCUCUCUGCUUUUCCGUCUGAGCUAUUUGAUCGUUUUGAAGCUAUAAAACCUGUUUGGGCUCCUUAUUACACCAUUCACAAGAUCCUUGCAGGCUUAUUGGAUCAGUAUACAUUUGCUGAUAAUUCUGAUGCUUUGACCAUGACAACAUGGAUGGUUGAGUAUUUUUACAAUCGUGUUCAGAAUGUAAUAACAAAGUAUAGCAUAGAAAGACACUGGUACUCACUUAAUGAGGAAACCGGAGGCAUGAAUGAUGUGCUUUACAGAUUAUUCAGUAUAACCAAAAAUCCAAAGCAUUUGCUGUUGGCUCACCUGUUUGACAAACCGUGCUUUUUGGGAUUGCUUGCAGUACAGGCUGAUGAUAUAUCUGGUUUCCAUGCCAAUACACAUAUCCCAGUUGUUAUUGGAUCUCAAAUGCGUUAUGAAGUCACUGGUGAUCCACUUUACAAGGCAAUAGGUACAUUCUUCAUGGAUGUGGUCAAUUCUUCUCACAGUUAUGCAACUGGAGGAACAUCAAUUCAUGAAUUCUGGUCAGACCCAAAGCGAUUGGCAAGCACUCUAGAGAAAGAGAAUGAAGAAUCGUGCACAACUUAUAACAUGUUGAAGGUCAGCCGCCAUCUGUUUAGAUGGACAAAAGAAAUGGCAUAUGCAGAUUAUUAUGAACGUGCCUUGACAAAUGGUGUGCUUAGCAUUCAACGAGGAACAGAGCCUGGAGUAAUGAUUUACAUGCUUCCACUAGGCAAUGGACGUUCAAAGGCAGAUAGCUACCAUGGCUGGGGAACAAGGUUCAACACUUUUUGGUGCUGUUAUGGCACAGGAAUUGAAUCAUUCUCAAAGUUAGGAGAUUCCAUAUAUUUUGAAGAGGAAGGAGAUUUUCCUGGUCUUUACAUUAUCCAAUAUAUAUCAAGCUCAUUUGACUGGAAAUCAGGACAAAUUGUGCUGAAUCAAAAAGUUGACCCUGUUGUUUCCUGGGAUCCUUUCCUUCGCAUGACACUGACAUUUUCUUCAGAGGAGGGGGCUAGCAAAUCAUCUUCCUUGAAUUUGCGAAUACCAAUUUGGACGCGAUCAAAUGGUGCCAAGGCAACACUAAAUGGCCAGAGUUUAACUCUACCUGCUCCAGGUGAAUUUUUAUCAGUUUCAAAACAAUGGAGCUCUGAUGACAAAUUGACCCUUGAGCUGCCAAUUCUUCUAAGAACGGAGGCUAUCAAAGAUGACCGGAUUGAAUAUGCUUCUGUUCAGGCAAUACUAUAUGGUCCUUAUCUGCUUUCAGGUUACUCCAGCGGGGACUGGGACAUCAAUGCUCAGUCAGCUACAUCAAUCUACGACUGGAUAACUCCAAUUCCCAGCUCAUAUAAUGCUCAACUGGUUACCUUUUCGCAAGAGUCUGAAAAUUCAACUUUUGUCUUAACAAACUCCAACCAGUCAAUUACAAUGGAAAGUUAUCCUAAAUCUGGCACUGAUGCUGCUCUUCAUGCAACUUUCAGACUUAUUUUGGGGGAACCAUCUUCCUCAAAACUUUCAUCCUUCAACGAUUUUAUUGGCAAGUCAGUCAUCCUAGAACCUAUUGAUUUUCCUGGAAUGCAAAUAGCACAGCAAGAAGAUGGCGAACUUGUGGUCACAAAUUUGCCUAUUGAUGGGGGCUCAUCUAUUUUCCACUUGAUCGCUGGAUUAGACGGAAAGCCUGGAACAGUAUCCUUGGAGUCCAAAAGCCAAGAGGGCUGCUAUGUGUACAGUGGUGCCAAUAUAAAGUCAGGCACAAAUAUGAAGCUUGGCUGCGGUAAAGAGUCAUCAGGCGCUGGAUUUAACCAGGCAGUCAGUUAUGUAAUGGAAGGAGGAAUAAGUCAAUAUCAUCCAAUCAGCUUUGUGGCAAAAGGCGUGAAAAGGAAUUUUCUUCUGGCACCAUUACUGAGCCACAGAGAUGAAUAUUAUACUGUUUAUUUUAACAUUCAAGCUUAAUGGCCUACGAUGCACCAGCAGGAAAGUGAGUAAUCCUGGCUUUUCUCAGACUGAUGACACUUUCCGCCUCGCUACAUUUCUCAAACAUUUUCUGAUCUGCAAUGGCUAUACCCAUAUUCCAUUUACAUCUUAAACCUGGCAAAAUUAUGCAGGGAGUAGGCUAAAAUCCCACCAAGAAGCAAUAGCAAUUACGAAAACAGAACUCUGGAGCUAGUGUUAUCAUUUCUUUGUAAUCUUAUAGUCUUGUAAUCUGGAGUCCUGUUUAGUUUCAUCUGUACAAUAAUAAUGCGUGUCUACUAAUUUAUAAGGCAAUUGUUAUGGCACCAUCUCAUCAAAAUUAUUGAGAUUGAUAUGAUGACACAGUUGAUUUCGUAA